AAGAAGGAGAAGAGUUCCUUAUGGCCAACGCAUCUUUCCCCUUUUGCUUCGGCUUGGACUUUUUUCGCAGAUAAGAACCACUUCCCUCUCUCCCUUCCAUUCUCUAAAAUCACGAACACUGUUCUUCUUCGUCAUUCAAUCGACCCCAAGAACAGAAGAAUCAUGGGCGCUGGAGUUCUUGAGGAGGAAGAUAACCGAUGGCCGCCAUGGCUGAAACCUUUGCUCCGUGAAAGCUUCUUCGUUCAAUGCAAGUUUCAUGCCGAUUCCCAUAAGAGUGAAUGUAAUAUGUAUUGUUUGGAUUGUAUGAACGGCGCUCUCUGUUCUCUCUGCCUCGCUUAUCACAAAGAUCAUCGCGCCAUUCAGAUUAGGAGGUCAUCGUACCACGAUGUCAUAAGGGUAUCAGAGAUUCAGAAAGUUCUCGACAUUACCGGCGUUCAAACCUACAUUAUCAACAGCGCGCGGGUCGUGUUCUUGAACGAACGGCCACAGCCAAGGCCAGGCAAAGGCGUGACGAACACCUGUGAGGUCUGCGAGCGCAGCCUUCUCGAUUCUUUCCGAUUCUGCUCUCUGGGUUGCAAGAUUGUGGGAAUAUCGAAGAAAUUCGUGAAGAAACGGCCGGCAAUGGGAUCAGAUUCAGAGGAUUCUUCGUCGUACAGCAGCAGCAGAAACAAGAACAGAGUGGUGCUGCAGAGCUUCACGCCAUCAACGCCACCACCAACUUUGGUUAGUUACAGAACGGCCAAACGAAGAAAAGGGAUUCCACACAGAGCGCCAAUGGGUGGACUCAUAAUCGAAUAUUGAAAAAAAAAAAAAAAGCCUUUUUUCUGUUCAUAUAAAUUUUUAAUUUUGAAUUACAUAAAAACAUGUAAAUACAGGGGUGGAAAAGGAAACAAACAGGAAGAAUGGGGAAAAUGUGCAAAUACAGCAAAGAUGGUGGGCAUGGGAGCAAUAAACAAUGUAUAGAUGGUAUAAUUAUACGUGAGUUUUGGGGUUAUAGAUGUAAAUACUGUUUUUUUCUUCCUUGGUUUGUAAUUUAGGAAUGUUUAUACAAGGAAUGAAAUAAAAAAUAAAAAAUAAAAAAAUUUGUAAA